CACAAGCUAUAAACACAGUCGCGCAUCUCGCCGUCUGAACCCAAAGAUGGCCGACGACACUUUUCACCCCUUUCCGCGACUGCCUAUUGAACUUCGCCACAUGAUAUGGCGCCUUUGCCUGCCGCACCGUGUGAGCGAGUAUGACCUUAUCGUCAACUGGGUCUAUUACAACACUUACUCAGAUAAUGCUUUACACCCCUGUCAAUUCGCCUCGAGUAUCGUCAGCAACGGCCGCCCACCACUCCUCACACGAGUAUGCCAUGAGUCACGACAAAUCGCCUUUGAGACCGGCGAGAUGGGCCCGAAGCUCACAACCGAGGAGAAAGAAGCCAUUGAUCUAUCUGGAGAACCUGAGUGGUCCACUGGAACCAAUAUACAAUGGGACGUUUGGAAGGAUUCUGUGCGGGACUCUACGCAUCUGAGUUGGGAUGGAGGGCAUCAGAUCAAUCUUGGUUACACGACUAGAGGGCAUCCUUUGGUGUCUUUGGCGAGGGAGGCGAAGAGGCUGAAUGGGAAGGCGUCGUUUAUGGUGGACUACAUCCAAGAUCUGAUGUAUUCGGAACCCGACGACGAACCUUUGUUUCCUUUUGCUUGGGCGGUUGUUAACAAAUGGCCAGUCUCUGAAGAAAAUCAGAAAAACCUUGCAGCGCUCAAGCUCUUGCCAGAAUGGCUGGUGGUUGUCAAUGUCAUUGUUAUACACCUCGCCUUUCCUCUCGCAGCAAAAACCGGCCUCUUCGGACUCUUGGGAGAAGAAGUUGUGCAGGUUGUAGACGCAGCUUCACCCUUGGCUACCCAGCUGUACGAAUUAGCUGAGGCUUGUGAGCGUCAGGCAGAAGUCGUCACAGCUGCUCAAGACUUUGCGAGAAUGCCUGCAGAAUAUAUGGAUGAUAUGGUGAAGAGAGGGGCAUUCAAGUGUUUUCACGAUUACGAGAUUCCAUACCGUUUGCGGCCUGCUAUUAUGUUUAGGCUGUGUACGGAGAUGUGUAAUCAUAGUGACAGGGUGGAAAAGGAGCAGAGUAUCUAGAGUGGACAAGGUAGGUCAGAUCGAAUGAGACACAAGCUGCACAAUGCAGGCUGUUUAUGACAUUCUUGACAGGCAGGUGACUCUGAACAGCACCGAGGUGUUUCUACUAUAGCAUCAAGAUAGGGAAAAGUGUAUACGGAGG